AUGGUAUUUCGUAUUCCAGUAACAAUUCAUAGUAUACCAGAAAAAUUUCUUAUUGUAUGUGAAACUGGUAAUGAAACUAUACAAUGGUUAUGUGAAACUGCUUACAGCAGAUAUAUUGACAGAUGUAAUAAUAAGAUACCAUUCAGCGAUUUUGUGGCUCGACGUAGUUCUGAUCGAAGUCUAAUAUCAAUGAAUGAUUGUGUUCAACAUGUAUUAAAAGAUGAUGAACCAGUAGAAAUUGAUACUGUUAAACGACUGGAUGAUGAUGGUUCAUUUAGUGUAGCUACAGAUGAAAACCGACAUGUUGUUAUACUUGAUGGAUAUCAUUUAAAAUGUAGUGAUUUGAUUCGUCUUAGUACUGGUGAUUAUAAAAUUGAAUUGCCAGAAGCAACAUGGAAUUUAAUUCAUAAAGCACGACAAGUUGUUGAUUAUAUUAUUGAUAAUAAAAAAGUUGUAUAUGGUGUGAAUACAGGUUUUGGUGCGUUUGCCAAUGAAAUUAUUCCUAAUGAGAAACUUGCAGAUUUACAAACUCGAUUGAUUGUUUCGCAUUGUGCGGGUGUUGGUGAACCAUUGAGUAUUGAACGAGCUCGAAUGAUGUUUGCAUUAAGAAUAAAUAUUCUUGCUAAAGGAUAUUCAGGCAUUUCGGAGGACACAUUACAUAGAAUUAUUGCUGCAUUUAAUAAAUCAUGUAUACCAGAAAUUCCAUCACAAGGUACCGUAGGAGCUUCAGGUGAUCUGGCACCACUAGCACAUUUAGCUGCAGGUUUAAUGGGUGUAGGACGUAUGUGGUCACCCAAAACGGGUUGGGCAACUGCAAGUGAGGUUUUAGCACAGAAUGACUUGGAGGUUAUCGAAUAUAAGCCAAAAGAAGGUUUAACAAUGAUCAAUGGAACACAAUUUAUUACAUCAUUAGGAGCAGAAGGUGUUGAACGAGCAAUAUCAUUAGCUCGUCAAGCAGAUGUAAUCGCAGCUAUGAGUACUGAAGCAUUACGUGGUACUGUUCGACAUUUACAUCCUCGUCUUCAUGCAUCUCGACCUCAUCAUGGACAAAAUCUUGUAGCACAACGAUUACGUGCAUUACUAACUUCUAAAUUCCAUCCAUCAAGUAUUUCGGACAGUCAUCAUAAUUGUGGUAAAGUUCAAGAUGCGUAUUCAAUUCGAUGUAUUCCACAGGUCCACGGAAUUUCUUGGGAUAUAAUUAAAUUUGCUCAAAAAGUAAUAACAACUGAAAUGAAUAGUGCCACUGAUAAUCCAUUGGUAUUUACUGAUACUCAAGAAGUUGUGUCCGGUGGCAAUUUCCACGGAGAAUAUCCUGCUAAAGCUUUAGAUUGUUUAGCAAUUGGUAUACAUGAAAUUGGUAGUUUAAGUGCAUGUCGAAUGGAACGACUUGUUAAUCAUGGAAUGAGUGGUUUACCAGCUUUUUUAACACUUGAAGGAGGUCUUAAUUCAGGCUUUAUGAUUGCACAUUGUACUGCUGCAGCAUUGGUUUCUGAAAAUAAAGUUUUAUGUCAUCCAUCAUCAGUCGAUACUAUUUCAACAAGUGCUGGUCAAGAAGAUCAUGUUUCUAUGGGUGGAUGGUCAGCUAGAAAAGCAUUAAAAGUUAUAGAUAAUGUUGAAAUUAUAAUGGCUAUUGAAUUACUUAUGGCUUGCCAAGCAAUUGAUUUAUUGGCACCUUUAAAAUCUACACCUCCAUUACAGGCUAUACAUGAUUUAGUUCGAGAAAAAAUAGAUUCUUGGGAGAAAGAUCGAUUUAUGGCUCAUGAUAUUAAAGAAGCUACUGAUAUUAUCAAAUCUGGUAUUAUUUGGGAAAAAGCAGAAUCUUAUAUACAAGAAUAUUUAAACUGGUAUCAUACGAAAAAAGAUGGAGAACCAUUACCAAAGCAAGACGUACAUCAACCAGAAUGUAUUCAUUGA